UAAAGCAUUGCUGGCCAGCGAUAAGACGGCGGGGUCACGUCGCCGUGUCACGCCGAUAGUGGGCAACAUGGCCGGCGCAGUAGCUCCUCGCUCGCGUCUCCUCUCGCACGGCUCCGCCAGAAACUACUUCUCACUUCCUCCACCACACCAGUUCCUCAGUUUGAUGGUGCUGUUCGAAACUCGCAAAAGCAGCAGCAACCCUCGUCGAGGCCCCUCCGCCUCCACCAUCCUGGACUACGCAUUUGCGCUCGACGAGAUAUUCUUCAAUCUGUGCAAAGGUUGCGUCGCUGCCGCCAUGUCUUGCGUCCCGCCCUCCGCCUUCUCCGCCGGCCGCAUCAGGGAGGCCACCCGCGACAUGAAGUCACCACCAGGGAAAAGUACCACGGAAUCUCCAAUCAAGUACUUCCAUACAAAAUUCAUGGAGCUAUCCCCGCUGAAGUACAACAGUAAGCUGAUGAACAGCAUCUGGGGCUUCUACAACCGGUACUCGCCGCACAACGUGAAGAAGGUCAGCGAGCCCGGAGCCCCCUCGGGGGAGAUGCAGCCAUCUGCUGCAAUCUCCCCGAACAAGAGCGAGCCCGUCCUGAACCUCCCGCCCCAUCUCGACAACAUGUGGGCUUCCAUCAAGGUGUCUCAGUCCCACUAGGUUGAUGCUACAUCAAGCGCCACGAGUGUGAUGCUACCACCCCACUUGUCUUUUCGUAUGUGCCGACACUACCGAGAGAGAUCAGUAUAUUCGCCAAAAAUAUUGCCGAAUUUGCUAACAUUUUUGGUAUUUGGCAAAUACAGCAAACAUCCAAUCACAAAUAGGUACGAAUAGCCAAGUGUGGUACGGUCAGGUGCAGAGAAACCUGACCCCCAUCUCAUAGUUACAAUGUUUCUGAGGGGGUCAGGUUUUUCUGCCCCUUACUGUACCAGCAUCAAACUCGCGACGGCUUUAUGUAGUAUCAAAACCGGGGGCCACAUGCCUGUAUAUUAUUUUUAGCACAUGUAUUGUGAUUCGUGAUAAAUAAUAUAUUGAAAAAUUUAUAAGACAUUAAAUUUGGCCAGCUAGUUAUUUGUGUACCAAUAGGGGCCUUAAUAAAAUUGGAUACUCAUUUUAGAUUUACGGAGAUUAUGAGGAUAAAAGAUACCUUAGGUAUAAGAUUUGAAUAAAUAUAUUAGUUAGGUACUAUAAAUGUGUACUAAUUCGAAUUUUGCUUUUCUUAUAUUGAUAAUGAUAAUUAAACAAAAACAUGAA